GAUGCUGAUACCUUAGAGAUGAUGAAGAAGCCCCGCUGUGGCGUUCCAGACGGCAUCGAUGCCAGUUGCUCCACUUUUGGAGAAAACCUCAAGUGGACUAAGAACAGCCUCACCUACAGGAUAGAGAACUACACACCUGACAUGCCAGUGUCAGAGGUCGAUGACUCCAUAGAGAAGGCACUGCAGGUUUGGGCCAAAGUCACUCCUCUGAGAUUCACAAGAAUCUACAGUGGCACUGCUGACAUCAUGAUCUCCUUUGGCCGCCUACAGCAUGGUGAUUAUUACCCCUUUGAUGGUCCUGGACGCACUCUUGCCCAUGCCUUCGGCCCAGGGCCUGGAAUUGGAGGAGAUGCUCAUUUUGAUGAAGAUGAGAGGUUCACUUUCCGCUCCAACAAUAGUGAGCUACGUCCCUUCAUGGUGGCUGCCCAUGAGUUUGGCCACUCCACAUGA